GAGUCAGGAUGUGGGCGAGCUCCGUAACAUAACCCCAUGCUGCAGGACUAUCAGCAAGUUGGGAUCUUCGUUCUGCAGCCGCUGGGCCACGUCCCAGAACACAGUGCUGCAGGCAACGUUUGUGCUCAGCAGGCGGUUAUCCACGGGAGCAGCGGGGAGAAGCCAUUCAGCAUACUUGAAGUUGUUCCUGCUUGCAUUUUCUCCCCCACUUCUUCCUUUGUAGGCUUUUCUUUGUUGUUGUUGUUUGUUUUUUAAUGGCAAGAAAGAAGAUAAAUAGCAAAGACUGCUGCAGGGGAAACACUGGGGAUACAACCACCUAAUUAUGAAUUUCCUGAGCGUGCAACAUGACCAGGAGCAACUGGACAGGAUUAGCAUUGUAUGUUUCAUCUCCAGCUGUUUCAUGAAUAUCAAUCUACAAAAUCUUCCAAGAGGAACAUUUUUUCUGUGGCCCUGCUUCUGGCCUUAACAAUGCAAGCAACACUGCUUUGUUUUCUUUAGACACCAAACUGAAACAAGAGCUUUCAACAAACCAGCCCAACCCAAACCUAAAGAGCCAGAGGACUGCACAAUGUUAAGGAGAUUUAGCUGAGACAUUUGUCAGAUAUCAGAAUAUCCUUCUCGGUGGCAAAGUGGGGCCAGCGUUGUAGAGAUGCGCCAUUAUGAGACAAUAAAUGAGUCUAUUUUCUUCUGGUGCAGUGGUCAGAAGUUAUUGUUUUGAAUAAGCACAACUGGUGUGUAAUCUUCAUGGCAAGCUUCUUGGGUUGGUUCAGCGCCAAUGCUCUUUGGAAGCACUUGGCAGAGGGGAGCUUAUUUAAACUUAUAAAACCAACGUAGACAAAAACAUGUAAAAAAUGCACUGUGUAAGUGCUCGGCUUGCAAGCAGAAAAAUUAUGAGGACAAUGGUGCUUCUCAUGGAAGUGAGGGCAACAGGAAUAUUUUCUUUCCGUCAUGCCUUUGUAAAGCUUAGCAACAGCUAACAGAACGCUACUGCUGACACAAAACUUCUUUGCUGGUGUCAGAAAUUGCAUCUUUAGAACAGUGGUGCUGGCAUAUAGAGAGUCUCUUCUAGAUCCUGGUGAAGUCACUGGGACUUCUGGGACUUCUCAUAGAGCUCAAGGGCACACUUUGUGCAGAGUAGUAGUGUGGGAGACUGAAACGCUAAGCUGAGGACUUUGCCUGUUAAAUGUAACAAAAGGACAUCCAGCAGAAAAAGGGUUUUAUCACAGAUUGAUGUGCAGUGCCAACUUAGAGCACGCCCCAAUAAAAAGGUGGAUAAUUUUUGUUUCAGACUCCUAUAGCAAUUAGUCCUUUGAUCUUAUCCCAAUCAAAAGAUCUGGGGGCUUAACUCCUGCAUGCGUUACUGAGCAUGUGAAAUAGUGACCUGUCUCCUAAAAAGGGAAAAAACUACCAAUUAGUACCAUGAAUACAAACUCCUAACCAAACUCAGUUCACGAAUUCAAAAGCAUGAAUAUGUGCUCAGUGAAUAACUGGCAUUCAUUUCAUCUAAAUAGAGAAGCACAGAUAGAAAUCCCACUUGGUGCUGAUGUUUACAUGCCCUAGUUAUUUAAAAAAAGCAUCCUGCAGAUUUUUGGAUUCCCCACAGUAAAAGGGACCAUCCCAACCUACGCACUGAGCUUCUCCAGAUCUUCUGGCCUGGGUCAGUUCCCACCAGCACUGCCUUGGAAUAAAACAUUGCUAAGAUUGAAGGGAGUCGGUACAUUUUGAUCUGUAUGAUCUACUGUGCAUUUAGCUUUCCUUCUAUCAGAUAAAGGAGAGAAGGCUACACUGGCAAGAAACUUCUGUAUGGUUUUGAGUAUUUAUUUGUUCCAAUUGCUCUGAUUUUAAUGGUUCGAGAUACAUAAUAGAGCAAGGGCUUGGAAAAGGGCUCACUAGCAAGAGCAAACGGAUUGUAUGGCCCUUACUUUGCUGUGUGAUCACAAGGGAGAGGGAUGUCAUUUUCCUAGGGAGAUGACUCCAGUGUUUGGCUUCUGUACCCUGCCCCUUCCAGCCUAGGUAAGGGGUGCAGGCUGGAGUCUAAUGGGAGUGCAGCUUGGUCAGGGAGCCUGCUGCAGGCCAGGCAAGCUGUUCCAUGCUAGCUGUGCCUCUUUUCCUCAUUCAGGUUUCUGCUGGCCCUGAGAGUGAGAGCCUGAGCCUGCAGCUCUGCCUUGUGAAUGCACCACGUUAAGCACCACAGACUGAGCCAGCCUGCUGCCCAGCACCUCCGUAACGUGGCUGGGGAGAAAACUCGUGCACGGCACACACCCAUGUUGUGUGGUACUGAGAAUGCCUGCGGGCAGUGCUCCCCAGGUAAAAAAACAGUGCUCAGCAAAUAAAUCAAUCAAAGCGUUCUCUGUGUGCCGCUGGACAGCACUGGUGCCAAGAUCUCAGCCUGCCCUCAGAAUACAGAGCACGCAGCUUGCUGAAAUGGUGAAAGUUGAACUCGGAUCCCAUCAGAAAGCUGAGGGAAAGCAUCUUGUGAGAAUAAAGACCGUCUUCACAGCCUUUACAAUGAUGUCUGAUCUCAGAUUCCACAUCCUGGUUGCAUGCACAGAGUUUCCACAGGCUCCUCUCUGGAAUUUUUCACCAAAUAGGAGGGGACGGCUGAAGGGGAUGAUGGCAGAAUACACAAUAUGGAAUUGGUUUGGAUCCAGAACUGGCCAACAGUCCCUAAAUUGUUAGUGUGUGGUGGCUAAACAAUUCCUGCUUGAAAAAUGCUUGGGGUGUCAGCCUGGUGCUGUGUUGGGAAUGGCUGUCCUGGGCCAUGGUGCCAGCCUUCACCCUGCCCCUCUGCACAGGCAGGGGUGUGCUCCUGCCCUUCUGGCUCCACUCGCUUCCUGAAUAAGCAGAAAGAUCUCACCAUGAGAAAAGAAAACUAUGCAUAUUAUUGAAAGCAUAGACUCAGGAAAACAAGGACUCAUCAAAAUGGAAAAGUUAAGUUCAUGGCAUUGGUCUGUAUUUGUUUGGAUGAUAGUUCAGGUCAAUUGCUUUCUCCGGAGUAAUUUGUCCGUCCCUGAUGUGUCACCAUGGUUAAGCUAGUUCUUUUCCUUUUUCAGUGGCAAAAUGUUUCCUCCUCGUCUGAUUAAUGCUUUUCCUUGAUCAGCUGGCCUGGGGAGUAAGCCACUAAAGAAGAGUUCAAUCUGUUAUUGAGAUAUAUCCAAUGUGGUUGUGGCAGAUGAGCUUCUCUUUGACUUCUGCUCCAAUGGUGAGACGAAAGUGAAGAAGCCUGUUGAGGAAAAUUCUCCAUGAAUGUACGUCACAAUGAUGAUGACCGACCAAAUCCCGCUGGAGCUGCCACCGCUGCUGAAUGGGGAGGUAGCCAUGAUGCCUCACAUUGUGAAUGGCGACGGAUCUCAGCAGGUCUUUUUGGUUCAAGUGAAUCCAGGUGAAACCUUUACAAUAAGGGCUGAGGAUGGAACCCUGCAGUGCAUUCAAGGACCAGCAGAGGUUCCCAUGAUGUCACCCAAUGGAUCCAUCCCUCCUAUUCAUGUGCCUCCUGGUUAUAUCUCACAGGUGAUAGAAGACAACACCGGUGUCCGGAGGGUGGUGGUCACCCCACAGUCUCCAGAGUGUUACCCUCCCAGCUACCCUUCAGCCAUCUCUCCGACCCAUCACUUACCUCCCUACCUGACGCACCAUCCUCAUUUCAUUCACAACUCCCAUACGGCUUUUUAUCCUCCUGUCACUGGGCCUGGGGAUAUGCCACCACAGUUUUUCCCACAGCAUCAUCUUCCACCUACACUAUAUGGAGAACAAGAAAUCAUACCACUAUAUGGGAUGUCCAGCUAUAUUACCAGGGAAGAUCAAUACAGCAAACCACAGCACAAAAAACUCAAAGAGAGGCAGAUUGAUCGCCAAAACCGUCUGAACAGUCCUCCUUCAUCCAUCUACAAAAGCCAUAUAGGCAGCUGCACAACUGUAUAUAAUGGUUAUGCAAAGAGCCACAAUGGAGCGAGCAGUGGAAGCGGUGGGGGGGCACCAGGAGUGAAGAAGCCAGAGCGCAGAGCAAGAAGCAGCCCGAAGUCUACCGAACAAGAGCCACAUGAAUAUGAUUCAGAAACAAAAAGGGUUCAAGACAUUCUUUCUGGAAUGGAGAAGCCACAGGUAACAAACAUUCAAGCAAGAACAGUUUUGCUGUCAUGGUCACCUCCCGCCGGCCUUUUGAACACAGAUAGACACAACAAUGGUUUGCCUUACGCCUGUACUUACGAGGUUGCCUUAUCAGAUAAAGGGAGGGAUGGAAAAUACAAGAUUAUUUACAGUGGAGAAGAAUUAGAAUACAACCUGAAAGACCUUAGGCCAGCAACAGAUUACCAUGUCAGGGUGUAUGCAACAUACAAUUCAGUAAGGGGAUCCUGCUCAGAGCCAGUAAGCUUCACCACUCACAGCUCAGCACCAGAGUGUCCCUUCCCACCCAAGCCCUCGCACAGGACCAAAAGCUCCUUAACCUUACAAUGGAAGGCGCCCAUUGAUAAUGGCUCAAAAAUCACCAGCUACCUUCUUGAGUGGGAUGAGGGGAAAAGGAACAGUGGUUUCAGAGAGUGCUACUUUGGAAGCCAGAAGCAUUGCAAGCUGACUAAGCUGUGUCCAGCCUUGGGUUACACCUUCCGACUCGCAGCUCAGAACGACAUCGGUACUAGUGGGUACAGCCAGGAGGUGGUAUGCUACACUGCAGGUAAUAUUCCUCAGACUCCCUCUGCUCCAAGGCUUGUUCGAGCUGGUGUUACGUGGGUUGCAUUGCAGUGGAACAAAGUAGAAGGAUGCACACCAGAAGAAGUGAUUUCCUACACCCUGGAAAUUCAGGAAGAAGAUAAUGAUAGCGUGUUUCACCCAAAGUACACUGGAGAGGAGCAAGCCUGUACUGUGAAGAACCUCAGAAGAAGCACGCAGUAUAAAUUCAGGCUGUUUGCUUCUAAUGUGGAAGGAAAAAGUUCUCCAAGUGAAGUGUUGGUCUGCACAACAAGCCCCGACAGGCCAGGACCUCCAACCAGACCCAUCAUUAAAGGGCCAAUAACAUCUCAUGGCUUUAGUGUGAAGUGGGAUCCUCCACAAGAUAACGGUGGUUCAGAAAUCCUGAAGUAUCUCUUAGAGAUUUCUCAAGGAAGUCCAGAAGCAAAUCAGUGGGAAGUGGCUUAUAGUGGAUCAGCUACAGAAUAUACCUGUACUCACUUGAAACCAGGCACUUUGUACAAACUCCGGGCAUGCUGUAUCAGCACUGGGGGACACAGUCAGUGUUCGGAAAGUUUACCUGUCCGUACGCUAAGUGUUGCACCAGGUCACUGCCAGCCACCAAGAGUUCUGGGGAAGCCAAAGCACAAAGAAGUUCAGCUACAAUGGGAUGUCCCUACAUCAGAAAGUGGCUGUCCCAUCUCAGAGUACAGCGUAGAAAUGACAGAGCCAGAAGAAGUUGUUUCUGAAGUGUACCAUGGUCCUGAUCUGGAGUGCACAGUCAGCAACCUUCUCCCUGGAGCAACGUAUCGGUUCAGAGUGAGAGCUCUGAACGAUGGUGGGUAUGGGCCAUACUCAGAAGCUACAGAAAUCACCACGGCAGCAGGACCACCUGGCCAGUGCAGAGCACCUUCCCUGUCCUUCCUUUCCGACACACGUGUACUUGUAAGCUGGGAGAGUCCUGAAUGUUCUGGUGCUGACAUCUCUGAAUACAGAUUAGAGUGGGGAGAAGAUGAGGAAUCUCUACAACUUGCAUAUAAUGGCACAGAUACCUGUUUUGAAAUAAGUGAGCUGUCAGCAGCAGCACAGUACUGCUGUAGGCUACAGGCUGUUAACCAGGCAGGAGCUGGACCCUACAGUGAACUGGCAACCUGCAGGAUCCCUGCCUCUGUACCCGAUGCAGUCUCUACCCUCUUUGUGCUGGAGGAUGAGCACGUGGAUGCCUGUCAGCUCUCACCCUCUGUGUGCCUUGCCUUGAACUGGGAGGAGCCAGGCAAUAAUGGAGCUGAGAUUACUUCAUACAACAUUGACCUUGGUGACAUCAGCAUUCCCAUAGGAAAUGUCACGAGUUAUGUUAUUCAUGAUUUGCUUCCAGAAACCUCAUACCGGAUCAGGAUCCAGGCUGUCAAUGAAAUUGGAGCUGGACCGUUUAGCCACUUUAUUAAAGCAAAAACCAGGCCGUUACCACCCUUACCUCCUCGGCUGGAGUGUGCUGCAGCAGGUCCUCAGAGCCUGAAGCUGAAAUGGGGAGAUAGCAGUUCCAAGCUUCAUGCUACCGAUGACAUGGUCUACAUCUUACAGAUUGAAGACAGAAAUAAAAGGUUUAUUCCAAUUUACAGGGGACCAAGUCAUACAUACAAGAUACAAAGGCUGACAGAGUCCACCUGUUACUCAUUUAGAAUACAGGCAGUCAACGAUGCUGGGGAGGGACCUUUCUCAGAAAUAUGUACCUUCUGCACAACUAAGUCAGUCCCACCUGCAAUCAAAGCUCCUCGGGUAAUGCAGUUGGAAGGAAAUGCCUGUGAAAUUACCUGGGAAAUGGUCCCACCCAUGAAGGGUGAUCCUGUUGGUUACGUUCUGCAAGUACUGGUUGGAAGAGAAUCUGAAUAUAAGCAGGUGUACAAGGGAGAUGAGACCACAUUCCAAAUCUCAGGCCUUCAAGUCAACACGGACUAUCGGUUUCGCGUCUGUGUGUGCCGCCGGUGCUCAGAUACCUCACAGGAACUUAGUGGACCUUUCAGCCCAUCCGUUGCCUUUAUGCUUCAGCAAAAUGAGAUCAUGCUCGCGGGAGAAAUGGGACGCAUAGAUGAUCCGAAGAUAAAGAGCAUGAUUGCUACUGAUGAACAGUUUGCAGCCCUCAUUGUACUUGGCUUUGCAAGUUUGUCGAUUAUAUUCGCCUGUAUAUUACAAUACUUCUUUAUGAAGUAGAGAAUUCAAUGGAAGUUUGAGAUACAAAUUUAACUAAUGCUACGCAUUAUAAUCCAUACAUUUACUCAGAUAUUCCUUUUUGAAAUCCUUUUGUUCUACCACACAUUUUAUAUACUUCUCUUGUUUUUACAGUUCUAGCUCGAAGAAAGAUAAAUCAGUGUUUUGAUGCACCUUUUUGAAAUUCAAAACUAGGAAGUGGUCAAACUGGAGAAACGAGCAAACCAGAUACUAAAAGCAAGAUUGUUCCCUUCAUGGUUUCAAAACUGUCACCAAUUUGCCUUGUCAUCAUGGUUUGGUUUGUCGUAUUCUUUUCACUGCAGUUCUUACACAGUCUCUUAUUGUAUCUUAUUAUUUAGGAAAUUUUAAUCAAGUCACUUUUUUUGUUACUUCUUUUUCUCCUCAACAUUAGUCAUGAGCGUGUAUAGCAGUAAGAUUAGAGUACAGUGUUAGUCAACAGUACCAGGUUUCCAUUGAACAGUAUUAGCAAUGUUGCCUAUGAAUUAUUCGCUCCAUUUGCCCCAUAUUUUUUCAAGAUAAAAAGUCAAUUGUUAUUUUAACUGUUUAGUGCAUUUAAAUUGGAACAAUAUCCUGCAGUCUAAAAAACCUGUUAUUUUUACAGUUGCAACACGAUAAACUGCCUGUAUAAGAAAUCAAGUAACCAAACUGCGUAUAAAUUAUGAAGCAUUAUAGAUUCUUUUUUUACCAUUUUGAUUUCUUGCAGUAAUUUUAAGAGGGCAUUGUGCAAUAGUUAGCUAUUCCCAUGUUCAGCUAUUUAAAAGCUGCUUUAACUUGUCUGUUUGUCACUGUAUGUAACUAUUCCUAAUCUAAUAGUAGAUAUUAUUCUAUUACGUUCAGUCUGAUUUAAAUUAGAGCUGGUGAUAGCUUACUGUCUCUACUGAAUUAGGUGAGAUUUACACUAAAUGUAAGCAAACUUCACUGUCAGUUGAUCUUUUUGUUUUUGGAGGGGUGUCGAUUUUAUAGAACUUUCUUGGAGGUUUCAGAAAUGGGAUCUGUUCAUUUUAAGUCCCUUAAGUAGGUGCCUACGUUGUUCUUGACACAGGGCUAAUGGAAAUACUUGGUACAUUGCAAAACUGGGACUGGAGUCCUACACAGGUAUAGUCCCUGCUCGUAGAGCAGUGUUCCCCCUCCUCCUGCCUGCCUCUUCCCUGGCACACGUCUUAAUCCACCAAGAUAAAUCUUUAACUCUUGAGUCAUUGGAUUAUUUAUAUUAAGUCAACAUUGUGCGAGUACCUCAGGGACAUAAGUGAGCUGGAGGUGCAAAUAGAUUCCAAAAGGGUGCAACAGACACAGUGUAUUUCCCUGCCUAUCGGUUCUGUAUAUUUUUGCUACUUGGUUUUGCUUUUGUCCUAGCUAUUUUGUGCUCUGUCUCCAUUGUCUAGGAUUCAGAUUCCUGUACUAGCGUAAUAUUCCCUUAACCAAAGUAAUGGGGGAAAGAACAACAUUAUUUUUGUUUUAGGUUUAUUUAUACUAUAUACUGCAUACAGUACUUUAAAUACCAAUUACAGUGCAAUCUUUUAUUUAUUGUAAAAAAUAAAAAUAAAAAAAUAAAAGUGUACUUAUGUACUAAUUCCCCUCCCCGCCCCCUGUAGCAUGUUAUAUUUUUGUCUGUUUUAUACUGUUGUUCUUUAGGUCAACUUUUUACCUGGCAGCAUUCCUAGUAUUAUUAAUCUUCUUACAUUUUUUUUUGCAUUUUUUGAAGGUGGGAGCAUCUAGUACAUGAAAUGCCAAAAAAAAAACCCAAACCAUUAUCAGUGAUUCAAACGUUUACAUGUAUCCAAAAACAUAAUCAUCUCUGGAAAGAAAGUGCUAAGAUCAAUGAAUUAUUCUGUGUGCCUCUCUAGAUGUAGCAGAUAUUAGAAAUGUUCUGUAUUUUGUUAUUGACUAUAAUUAGUUUUAAUUUAGCCUUGCAAACUAAUGGCAUUGAGCUAAAUAUAUAUAUAUUUUUUUGAUUUUGCCAAAGUCCUGGCUUGUCAAAUUUAUUUACAUCUUAUUUAAAUUUAUUUGUGAUACGAAGCUUUGUGACCUUGCAUCUGUUUCUUCUGUGAGCAAAGCAUCGAGAGCUGUUUUCAAUGGAGGGGGGAAAGAGUGUAUUUUUUAAAACAGUGAGGAGGCCGCUGGUUUGGAAACCCAGACAUUUGCAUAGAUCCUCAUUUUUCUAUCUGGAGCAUCACUGCAGCAGCGUUGCUACGAAACCCAAACCUGCCACCUUUGUUAUUAUUAUUAUUAUUUUUUUUUUUUUUUUAGAAAAAGAAAACUGCUUUAAUAUAUAUUUUUUAAAAAAACUUUGUAUCAUUGGAUCAAUUUUUUGAAAGUUUGAAAUAUAAAGAUAGGAAAAGCAGCGAGCAGAAGCGUAGAGAAGAGCCAUCUGUGAGGCUUCAGGUGUUUCUGUCUUGGUCCCACGCAGUCACGCUCAUGUCAACGCCCAGCCCUGGGCCAAGGUGUUCUCCAGGAGUAGGACAGCCCCUAACGAGGUGGGUUAGGCAUUGUUUCAGCCUGUAUCUUCUGCCAUAGCGAUCUGACUGGGAUUCAUAACAAAAAAAAAAAAAAAGAGAAAAGCAUUACAGAUCAUAAACCAUUUCUGUUUUGGUUUCCAUCACUGCAGUUUGCUGAUGCCUUGGCUUCCCUGUGCGGCUGUUUGCCGUUCUGAGCCAAGAGCGUCAGGCUCUGAGAGCUUUCUGCUCUAAAACAAAGGACAGACAGAAAAGGUAGAAUGAAACACUAAAUAUUUGCAGCCCUUAAGGACGGAGAGGGAUGUUUUUAUAUUGUUCUGCCUUUUUCCUUAUGAACUUGAAAUGUUUUCUAACCCUGUUUGUUGGCUUACGGUAGUUCAGUAUUCAGCGUCACGAUUGAGAAGUGCCCUAACUGAAUGUGUAUGAACCUUAUCCUUGCACAGUUCUUUAAAUUGAAAAAAAAAACAAGAAGUUUUUACCUCACUAUGGGAACAUACAUUCCAAGCUUUUCGACUUUAAAGAAAAAGAAAUAAUCAUAAGUUUUCUCGUAUUGUAAAUUUUAGACUAUUUCAUAUGCAUUGUAUUAAAACUGCCAUAUCAAUUUUAAUGUAUAGAUUUUGCAAAUACUACACUAUGUAUGUAAGACUUAACUGUAUCUGUAGUGUAUAUGUAAUAUAUUUAUGCCCAAUAAAUGUUUUAAUUCUU